UUCUUGUCUUGCUAUAACUCUUCACGAGCAGCGAAGGGAAGAAGGGGAAAGGGGAUGGCCGCCGACACCGCCUACGCGAAGCGGGUGCUGCUCGCCUGCAACGGCGGCGGUGACGCCGUCUCGCGGGGGGUCGCCGUCGGCCUCGCCAGGCACGGCUGCAGGCUGGUCCUGGUGGGCGACGAGGGCGCCCUGGCCGCGACGGCGGAGGAGGCGCGGCGCUGCGCGGCCGGAGGGGCGGCGGCCGUCGCGGUGGUGGGGCUGGACUUCGCGGCCUGCGACGAGGCGGCCGUCGGCGCCGCGGUGGAGGCGGCGUGGCGCUGCUUCGGCCACGGCGGGCUCGACGCCCUCGUCAACUGCUGCUCCUACGAGGGGGAAGUGCAAGACUGCCUCAGCGUGACUGAAGAUGAGUACAACAAGACCAUGAAAGUCAAUGUAAUCACACCUUGGCUCCUGAUAAAGGCCAUGGCGAAGCGGUUCCGGGAUGCGCAGUCCGGCGGUUCUGUAGUAUGCUUGACCCAAAUCAUCGGCGCCGAGAGAGGAUUGUAUCCGGGGGCGGCGGCAUAUGGCACAAGUUUGGGCGCCGUUCACCAGCUCGUCAGAUUGUCGGCCAUGGAGCUCGGCAAGCACAAGGUCAGGGUGAACGCCGUCUGCCGUGGCCUGCACCUGGGGGACAAGUUCCCUGUCUCCAUGGGGGAGGAGAAGGCCGAGAAGGCGACCGGGGAGGUGAUGCCGCUGCGGCGGUGGCUCGACCCGGAGAAGGACCUGGCGUCCACUGUACUCUACCUGGUCGGCGAUGAGUCCCGUUUCAUGACGGGCACCACCAUCUACGUCGACGGCGCGCAGUCCAUCGUGCGCCCUCGCAUGCGUUCCUUCCUGUAGGUAGGUUAGUCAUGCCGAUCCUGGGGCUGGUUGGCCAUGUCUGGGUUUCCACAUUCCAUCAGGAUGACUCCUGAUAUGUUGUUGUUGAAUAGUAACAGCAGUUUGUGCAAAGAGAUCAACUGUCAUAAUUAAGCGGUCUCUGUGAAUGCAAUAAUUAACAGGGUUUAAGAUGGUA